UGUAAUGUAUUGCAGUGAGAGACUUCAAAACUUAACAUUUUGUUAAAAAUUUGGAGUGCGUCUAAUAGUACGGCCAGGGACUGUAUGUACAAAAUUGACUAAAAACAAUGAAAUAGAAGAGAGUGACAUUUGCCCAAUUUGGUUUCAGAGCGUGAAGUUUGCAAAAUGUGUAGCAGAAGAUCUUCCUGAAGUAUCUCUCAAAUAUCAAAUUUCUGCCGUUCCCACUUUUCUUUUGUUACGUGAAGGCGCUUUAUUGGAUCGAGUGAAUGGAGCCAACGCUGCCGAACUUACUCAAAAAAUUAAUCAACAAAUAUCAAAAGGUUCUUAUGAAAAGUCCUCUGUUCAGCCUGCAAAAGAAGACCUGAAAAGCAGACUCUCAAAACUAAUAAAGGCUGCUCCUAUAAUGCUGUUCAUGAAGGGCAAUGCUAAAGAACCUCGAUGUGGUUUCAGCAGAACAAUUGUAGAAUUAUUAAAAAAUUACAAUGUUGAUUACCAAACAUUUGACAUUUUAAGUGAUGAAGAAGUGAGGCAAAGUUUGAAACAAUUCUCCAAUUGGCCUACAUACCCACAGUUGUAUGUAAAUGGUGAAUUGAUAGGAGGUCUUGACAUUGUUAAAGAAAUGCAUGAAAAUGGUGAGCUGAAAAACCUUCUUCCAGAAAAGGGCCAGAACUUGGAUGAUAGAUUGAAAGCACUUACUAACAAAGCUCCUUGUAUGAUUUUCAUGAAAGGUAACCCUGAUGUACCUCGAUGUGGAUUUAGUCGCAAAUUGAUGGAAAUAAUGAAAGAAACUCAGUUACCAUUUGAAACAUUUGAUAUUUUAAUGGAUGAAGAAGUUCGCCAAGGUUUAAAAACUUUCUCUAACUGGCCAACAUAUCCUCAAGUUUAUGUGAAAGGAGAGUUAAUAGGGGGUUUGGACAUAAUAAAUGAACUUAAGGCCAAUGGUGAACUCUUGGACACUUUGAAAGGCACUUUGUGAAAACAGGCAGUACAAUACAGACAGAAACAUAUUAGUGAUCUAGUCAGAUACUUCUGACCUACAACAAAAGCAACACAAAUUUUUAUUUAGCAUGAUUCUAUCAAAUCAUAUAUUUGUGGAGUGAAUAUGCAACUUAAGUUGUACACAAUUUUGUAUCUUGCGACUCGAACACUUUUUGUAGAUACAGAUAUAUUUUCCAAGUUGUUCAGUUUAUUGUAUGCUUAAGAAAUUUUCAUUUUGUGAUAGUAUUUUAGGUUUUCAAGUGGUCAUAUACAAGCUGCAAAAUAAUUGUCCUUAGUUUCAUUAGAAUAUAUGAAUGUUUCUAAAAUAAUUAUUCUUUAUAUUAAAUUACCAGGCUGCUACCAAAAAACUACAUUGAAUGUUGGUCUAUUUUUUGACGGGCUGAAAUCCAAAAUGACCUCAGUUUUUCCCUACCAUAGUAUGUGUUGAAGUUCAUCAGCAUUCUAGGCCUAUUAACAGGAUUGUUUGUGGUGGAUAUGUAAUUUUAGAAAAAGCUAGAGAAAUGUAUGUUAAUGAAAAAGAGCUUAAUUUGCUGCUUUGAUCUGAAAUUCAAGAAUCAAGAAUGGGCUCUUAAUUAUGCAUGAAAUUGUGAAAGUCUUCUAUAAUGGUAUGAAAGGUAGGAUGAUGAUUUAUUUUUUAAUUUUGUGUGUGCAUGAUCUGCAUAAUUAAAGAAAUAUCUGCUUAUCCCAUUCAAUCUAUGUAAGAGGAUACAAUAGUCUUACCUUAUUUGCUAUUUGGCCUAUUAAUCUCAACAGUGACAUGUCAGUAGCUUUAAAGAUAGUGUACAAAUUCUGGUUUUAUGAUUUUGAAACAGAAGAGGGUCAACAGCCUUUCACAUAAAUAGCCAAAGGACAAAAAAUAAUUUUCCUUCAAAUGAUGCUAUGACAUGAUUGGGGUGCAAGAAAGUGAAGAAUCGCAGGUGUCAGCUCAUAUGAGAAAUAGUGUUACUUGUUUCUUUGAAGGUGGUCUUCGAGUCCUCAAGGUAUUUGUGGACAUUUGUAGUCACUUUUAGUGUAUGCUUCUUCUUGGACUUAUUUCUUAAGACAUUAAAGGUUCGAGGUAGUUGUAGCAAGUUAUUUAUAGGUUCCUUGAUGAAAGUCCUUUCUUUUUUUGCAUACAAAUAUGAAACAUAAUUACCACUCUAAUAGCCUUCAGUGAAGAGCACAGAUAUUCUACCAGGACAUAAGAGACAAUGUGAGAAGUGACAAAGAAUUGUCUAUAAUGUCAAUGUUAAUGCCUGAAACUUCGGAUAUUUACAAAUAAAAAUAUGAGAAGAUCUCUUAAGUAGAGGAUAUUUUGUGAUUCUGUGAUUCAAAAUUGCAUUUGGACUUCUGAAAGCGAGGAGCAUUACAAGUGGUGAAAGGUAUUCUAUUCUUCUGAAAUUUUAUGCAUACAAGGUGUGUCGAAAAAGUCAUGAA